AUGGGGUUCCUAGCGCCAAAAGAUCUGUCCGCCAACCCGGCCCCCGUUCAGGUGUACAACUGGCGGAUCUAUCUCCUGGCCAUCUCCGCGGCUAUGGGCUCGUCUAUGUUCGGAUAUGACUCUGCUUUCAUCGGCGGCACCUUGUCGCUGCCAUCGUUCCAGUCACGCUUCGGGCUUGCAGGCAAACAGGGUACAGAGCUGGCGUCUCUUCGGUCGAACAUCGUCAGCACCUUUCAAGCAGGUUGCUUCUUCGGCGUACUUCUCUGCUAUCCGACUGUUGAGCGUCUCGGUAUGAAAUGGACGCUUGUGCUCUGCGGUCUCAUCUUCAACAUCGGCGCAAUCAUGCAGACAGCCGCGACCGGACAGCUCGGCCUCAUCUACGCCGGACGAGCCUUGACUGGACUCGGCGUCGGUUCAUCUUCUCUCGUCAUCCCGGUAUACAUCUCCGAGAGCUCGCCGCCUGCCAUUCGAGGGCGCUUGAUCGGUGUCUUCGAAAUGAUACUCCAAAUCUCUCAGCUCCCCGGCUUCUGGGUCAACUACGGGGUUAACAAAAACAUGUCCAAGACCAGCGACAGCCAGUGGCGAAUCCCAUUCGGCAUUCAACUCGUUCCCGGCGUUCUUCUGAUGGUUCUGAUGUCCAUGCAGACCGAGUCACCGCGCUUCCUCGCCAAGAAGGGCAAGUGGGAACAGGUCCGGAAAGUCCUGUCUCAUAUUCGCAACCUGCCACCCGACCACGAGUACAUCGCGUGGGAGAUGGACACGAUCCGCAACCAGCUUGAAAGCGAGCACUCCGAAGUCGGCACAAGCGUGGUAACGAAGCUGAAGCAGAUUUUCCAUUCGAAUGUCAAGAAACGGCUGGGUAUCGGCAUGGCCCUGAUGAUGUUCCAGAAUUUGAGCGGUAUCAAUGCUUUGAACUACUACUCUCCCGUCAUUGUCGGAUCAAUCGGCUUCACUGGCACGGAUGUCGGUCUCCUUGCGACGGGCGUGUUUGGUAUUGUCAAGGCAACCGGCACGAUUGUCUUCAUGCUGUUCAUCAUUGAUCGAUUCGGGCGUCGUAGUGCUAUGCUCAUCGGCUCGGCAGGCGCGUUGUUCGCAAUGUACUAUCUUGGUGGCUAUUCGAGCUUGUCGAACUCGUUCAAUGAGAAGCCGCCAAGAGAUGGAGGCGCGUAUAUUGCUAUUCUGAUGAUCUAUAUCUUCGCCAUCUUCUACUCCAUCAGCUGGAACGGCAUCCCGUGGAUCUUCUGCGCCGAAGUCUUCCCCACGCACCUCCGCCAGGUCUGUGCCGUGUUCACCACCUGCACCCAAUGGCUCUUCCAGUUCGUCAUCGCGUACAGCACACCAUACAUGAUCGCCGACAUCCAGUACGGGACAUUUCUGUUCUUUGGUACGUCGGUCGUGUGUGGUCUGAUAUUCUCGUACUUCUUCCUGCCGGAGACGAAGGGUGUUACGUUGGAAGACAUCGACAUCAUGUUUGGCAGCAAGGGCUUCGCGAGACAGAAGAGGAAGGCGAUGGAGAGUGUGCUGGCGGAGAGGAGGGAGAUUGUGGCUGAGGAGAAGAGGGUGAGGGGUGAGAAGGCGGUUGUUGAGAACGUGGAGCGAACGGAGAGCGUCUGA